UGAAGGCGGCGGCUAGGCGUUGCUUGGCGACGGCGGGGCCGCGUCACCGGGCGCCAGGGACCGCUGGGCGUUCCUGGCCCUCGGAGCCUAGCGGGGACGCGGCGCUGCUCCCGACCGCGUCCUCUCGGUCCACACUCGCCUGUCCCCACCAGCACCGGCCUCGGAGCCCGCCGCACCCGCCGCGCCCCCCGAGCCCGCGGCGCCGGCGGGACCAUGCUGGAGUCGAUCCGCGUGACGGAGAAGCUUCACUGGCCUGAGCAAGAACUUGCUAAGAAGUCUGUUCUAAGUGCUGAAGACUCAUUGGUCAUUGACAGCAAAAGAAACAAUUCACAUUUAUCUCCUGGAAUACUUAAGGACAUUUUCACAACUGGAACCAGUAGUUACAAUGUGUUACUACAGAGCAAAGAGGAGAAAAAGCACCAUUCACAAAAACAGUCUUCCUCCAACUACUCCAAAAGAUGUAGAAAACCCAGCAAAUCUAGCUCUUGCUGUAGUAAAGAUCCGUGCGGGACAAAGGACCCACUGCCUCUGCUGAGCAGUGGCACCUGGUACUGCCUGGAAAGGCGGCCCGCUGUUUUUGUCACUAGUUCAGUGUCAAGUCUUGUGAAGUUCACGCAUGAUAUCUCUGUUGCAGGGAACAGCAUAGUCCUCCCACCUAAGCCCAAGGCCAAGGCCAGGCAGCUCCAUUUCUCCACUCUCCUGAAGCCCAAGCCACAGCCUCAGCUAGCUAGAAGUUUUGAAAAAGAAGAUUUUCCUGGGAAGAGAUUUUGUAUACUUACUGCGAUAAAGCCUUCCAACUUGGAGAAGGAAAAACUGAGGUUCUUCAAGUCUGACUACGCCUACAACCCUCAGUUUGAGUAUGCUAACCCUUCCCUGCCCAGUGUGUUAGCCAAGCACAGCCAAGCUUCUGACCGGUUUCUUAAGCAGUCCAUCAAUAUUAUGGAACUGACUUUACAGAAAUAUGGAAGUUAUGAAAAAUUUGAGCAGGCUACUGGUGGUAGCCUGUUAUCUAAAACCCGAAUCUGGAGCCAUGUUCGAAAGUACAUGGUGAAAGAAGGCUGCAUGGGCGAGAUUGUAGUUCAUCUUACUGAGGACCUGCUCUCCCGAGCUUCCAUGACAGUGGUGAAUGGGUGUCCAACGCUGUCCAUCAAUGUAUCUACUGCACGUGAGCACUGGCUGGAAGGAAUGCUGAGACAUGAGAUAGGCACACAUUAUUUCCGAGGUAUUAACAACCUCCAGCAGCCGUGGAACAGUUGGACUGGCCGCAGGAAACAUGAGCUGAAGCCCAACAACCCCACUGAGGAGGGCCUGGCUAGCAUCCACAGCGUCCUAUUCAGGAAGGACCCCGUGCUGUGGCGGGCCGCGCUCCUCUACUACACCGUCUACCAGGCCAGCCACAUGUCCUUCUGCGAGCUCUUCCGAGACAUCGGCAAGUUUGUCAAGGACCCCAACACCAGGUGGGACUAUUGCGUGCGUGCCAAGAGGGGAUUGACUGAUACUUCCCAGCCAGGCUGUUUCAGUAAAGACCAAGUGUACCUGGAUGGUACGCUGCAAAUUCUGCGCUACAGAGACAGCAUCGACUUCCACCUGCUCACUGCUCUAGGCAAGGUCUCUUAUGAAGAUGUGGAUCGCUUGAAAGGGUUGGCAGUUACUGAGAACAUGAGGGUCCCUCACUUCCUGCAGGACCAUGGCCGGUACAUGGAGCAUUUGGAGAAGAUCAUGGAAGUGAAUGAACUGACUGACAGAGAGCUGAAAAGUCUUAUCUGUUAAUUAGCAUUCUUGCAAACACAGUGGAACUAUACCUCUAUGUACAUUAGCAGUUUGGUGCAGUUAGCACUAGCAGAGUUAUCAAUGAAUAUUUAUGUAAGUUUUCUGGGAAAUGGUCUGCAGUAUUCCACUGAAUUUCCAGGUUACAUACAAACCACACAUGGUUUCUCAAGACUGCAGGGCCAAGUCAGUCCUCUUUUUCAUCUUCUUCUCAGCAGAGGGAGAUGGAAAGAACACCGAGAGUGCUUUUGAAGAUGCUUGGUCAAACAGCAAUAAGCUUCUGCCCCUGCAGCUCAUGUGUGAGCACCGAGAACGGUUCCGUUAGAGUCCCACGGUGUCAAACCCCAGAGUUCUAUUUUCAUUUGAUAAAUGAUACUUACCCACACUUGAAAAAUUACUUUGGUUCCAUCCUCAAAGCUAGACAUAAUGAAGAUUUCUUAUUUUUCUUAUGCUAAGGAGAGUGAGAACACCUCUGAAAGGUUACUAUUACUUAUUUGUUUUAUAUAUUAUUGCUUCACCGUAGCAGUUCCCAAGAGAAUUGAGAAUUAGAGAAUUGCCUCCUUUUGUCCACUUAGCUUUUUACUAAAAUUUUUAUUUGCUGAGACAUGUGCAACUUCAAUGUUUUAACCAAGUUUUAGGGUCUUUUCCACUUCAUUCAUUCAUAUAAAUGGUAAUACGAGUUCUUGUGAGGCUUAAUCACAUAAAACAGUUGGGAAAGAGAGAAGCCUCUUGCCUUUAUAUUAAAUGGGACAAAGAGCAGUAGGCAAACAAUUGAUCUAGUUCAUUUAGGUGCCAGAAGCUGGCUGCACAGAGCUAUUGAUUGGGUAGAACUUGACCAUAAUCUAAAAAGUUCAAUUUCUGGGUUUUUCCAUUUGAUCAGUUGGUCUAACAAUAUUGGCUCAAUGCAUUUUAUAAAAAUCUUUGACUUUAUCAUGCCAAUAAUAAUCUAGGUUGAAUUUUAAACCCAAAGUUCUCUCUCACUACAUUUUUUCUUGCUAAUUCAUCUAGCUUUGUAGGAUAUAAAUUUGAACAUAUAUUUAUACAUAUAUUUGAGAUCAAAGGUUCUUAAACUUAUUUUAAUGAUCAGAAAGAAUAUUUAUGUAAAUAGCCAUUCAAAAUUGCUACCAUAACUUCUACCUAAAGCUAUUUGAGAAUCAUUUUUACUCAGGUUAUCCUGAAAUGUGGUGCUAGCACUGAUAGAUGUGUACCACAGGCCUGCAUCCCAUUCGCGUUAGAGCAUGGUUUCAGGAAGUCCUUAGCAGACGAGGUUCUCUGACUUUUCUCUCACCUGAGGAAAGAGGCUUUCCUCAAGGAUAUUGCAGUAGCCAGGAUGGCCUGAGGCUGGCAGCCGAGUGGGUACCACUCCAGCUGGUGGUGGCCGGGGCCCUGGGCACUCACAGAUCCCCGCCGUGAGAGCUGUGCGGGGGUGGGCACCAAAGCGCGCCACAGACACAGAAAACCUCCCGACUCCCAAAUGAGAUUUCCUGGUACUCACAUCACGUAGUUCCUGUUUUGUGUUUUCUGGCUUAAUCUUUAAAUUUAACAAAGGUGAAACAUUAAAAUAGAAACAGAAGGGACAAUGUUUGUAUUCUGUGGUUUAAACCCACAUGUUUGUAAAUUCAUCAUUUACAGUCAGUAGUACUACUAGUCACCAGUUUUGUUUUAAAUAUUGAGGAAAAUCACAGUAGCCUUAAUUUCAUAUUGGUAGAAUUGUUUUAAAUGGUUCUAUUACCUUGGGUUGUAAACUGGAUAAAUAUUUUCUCUUUAUAUGAUUUGGAAAAGGAAACUCUUUCUUACCUUACAGCUUUGGUGUAAAAGACAUGAGAACUAUCCCAACCAAAAAAAAUGACCUUAAAUCAUAUUGAUUGUCUUAAGACAUUUUAAAAGUUAGCAAUGAACAAAAUCUUAGAUUAGCAGAAAUACUUAAAAGAGCUCUAAGCUUUAAAAAUUGGAGUUGAAUAAUUCAUGUCUCUCAUCUUACCUACAGAUAGCAUUAAGAUCAAUUUUGUUCCUUAUAAUUACAUUUUUAUUAUUAAUGGAAAAUUAUUAGCAAUAUUUGGGCAAAUAGUUGGAGAUCAUAUUUUCAUUAUAAUAGUUGCCAGCUUAGGCUGUUGAUUGGAAUUCUUUCAAUUUUGUGCACUGAAAUUCUAAUUUAGGAAUCUUAUGUCAAAUACAAAUUCUGAUAAAUAUGUUUUCAGACCAUAUCGGAUUCAAAAUUUAUUUGCAAACAUAAAUCUAUAGUUCUUGUUUCCUUGUAUUUUCAUCUUUACAAAAGUAUUUGAAAUUUGUAUUGUUUGUUUUGUAUAUCUUUGGGGAUUUUGUGUCAGCUAGAAAUAAAUAACAUUGAAGUUUUAAAUACUUGAAGUA